GCUGGAGCGCAGCGGGGCGCGGCUUGACCGGAGAAGGUAUGAGCGCAGUGAACUCUGGGAAGAUCAACAAUGUCGCCGCAUCUCAAAACGCACAAAAUACAGUAGGAGAGGAUUUAGGGUCGUGAGACAGGGUUUAUCACCAACCUGAAGGAUUUAAGUGUGGGAACUUCUGUCAGACUGCUGUCACAAAAUGAUGCGCUUCCUGUUGCUGUUCAGCCGGCAGGGGAAGCUGCGACUGCAGAAAUGGUUCACACCAGUAACAGACCGGGAGAAGAAGAAGGUGAUCCGGGACAUGAUGAUGUUGGUGUUGGCCCGUCCACCACGUUCCUGCAAUUUCCUCCAUUUCAGGGACCUCAAGAUCGUUUACAGGAGGUAUGCCAGCCUGUACUUCUGCACUGGUCUGGAGAAUCAAGAUAAUGAGCUGCUGGGCCUUGAAGUCCUGCACAGAUAUGUCGAGUUGUUGGAUAAAUACUUUGGCAACGUGUGUGAGUUGGACAUCAUUUUUAACUUUGAGAAGGCUUACUUCAUCCUGGAUGAAUUCCUGAUGGGAGGAGAAAUUUUAGAAACAUCCAAAGUAGCUGUGAGUGUGUCCAUGGAGGAGGCUGACACACUCCAAGAGACAAUGGAGGAAUACAUGAGCAAACCUGCCUACUGAGCCAAGGAUACCUCACAUUUCACCACUUGAAGCAGAAGGUUUAUUAUCCUCAACAUUUUCAUUUAGUAACAAAUGACUCAUUUGGCACAAUGCUGUGGUCAUACAAUAACCUCAAUCCUGGUGAUUUUUCAUGUUUCUGCUUAGUUUUUUAAAGAAUUGUAAUUAUGUUUGGAUCUGUAAUUCCCUUUUAAGUCUUAUAUUUAUUAAUCUCAGGGUUUGAUGACAGAAGAUAUGACCGAAAAAGUCUUUUUUCCCCAUUUUAUUAAAAGACAUUCUUUUUCUAAAUAUGUAAACAUGUUUUUUGUAGUCAUACAUGUCAGCAAGACAAGCUUAAAUGUAAGCAUUGUGUGAUGGUGAGUAAAUGAAGAAACACUACACAGUAAGGAAAAAAUAAAGUCAAUGCUUUAUUAACCUCAGGUAUGUCACACAUGACCACAUUUAAAAAAGAAUUACAAAAAAUAAUACACAAGGAAAUCUAAGGGAUCCAACACUGAUUUUGGUUGUGUGUGCAUUGAAGGACUGGUCACAUGUACUGGUUGUAAAGUGUUUUUGAGCAACAAACUCAUUAAAAAAAGCAUCAA